CUCCCUGUUCUAAAAAAUUCAACUUGACGGUCACAGACGUUGAAUCUGGAAGAAUCAACAUUUCUUGGAUAUCUCUGACAAGCGAUCCACACAACAACGUUUCUGGUGACCCUACGUAUUUGUUGUUUUACAACUCUACUGCAAAGGGCAUCAAUAAUCUUACCCUGGUAACCAACUGGACAUCGGCUGUGAUAGACUAUCUUUCUUUCAACGCAUUGUAUUCAAUAGAAGUUGUUGCCUUUUUCUAUGGGUCGAACAACAUCGAACGAGCCUGUCCCGCACUAGUAAAGACAAACGAACUGAGAGUACGCCUUGGUGGCGGAGAAGCACCGAACGAGGGACGCGUAGAAGUCUACUACAACGGAAGAUGGGGUACCGUAUGCAAUGAGUAUUGGGACAUGAACGAUGCUAAUGUGGUGUGUCGAUCACUGGGUCUACCUCCUGCAAGUUAUAGUUUUUCUAACGCCUACCAGUUUGCAAGUGGGUACAAAAGUUCAUGGAUGACACGAUUACAGUGUUCAGGAAGAGAGAGCAGUCUAGCAGACUGUAAGCACGCAGGAUGGGGAAAGACAUCCUCUUGGUGCAGAUACCAUGACUACCAUGCUGCAGUGGUAUGCGGACAUCCGCCAGUUGUUUCCAUGGACAUUAAAAAGCCUGUUGGCGCUAUUUCAAGUCCUGGGUACCCUCGCAGCAUGAAGCAGGCUCACCUCAAUUGGACAUUCAAGCUUCCCAAUGCGUUUGCCGUUGUUGAAUUUGAAGAAAYACACUUUUACCGCUAUGAUGGAGGAAACACCAAUCUUACUAUUACUGACAAGAGUGGCGAGCARCUCAUUUAUUCCAAUAUCCAAUAUAUGACGAAAGUUUCGAAACUCUUUGAGGAAAGUCUUGAGAAGAUAGAAUAUUAUUCAUCAUUUACGAAUAAAAAUCAUGGUCGAGGAUUUAGUAUGCGAUACUUUUUGUUCAACGAAACUCUAGACAACGAAGCUGGAAGAUUUCUGGGAACUCARCAAAUUACCAAAGCAUAACUAUAAAAUGGGUACCAUACUCCGCCAGAGGUUUCUCAGUUGCUGGAUAUCUCAUAACCUGUACUCCAGCUGAAGACUGGCUUGUCAACGUCUCUUACGGCGUUGCUUACAAGAACUCUACUGGCGUGUGUCAGAAUCUUGUAGGCUAUACCUACUAUAAUGUGACUGUCUAUGUUUCAAUUAUUGACUUACACGAGGAAAACACAUUGCUGUACAGAAGUGAAUCAACCGUUGUACGAACCCAAGAAGGAGUUCCAACUAGUGCACCUGCGAAUGUUACUUUGCUUUUGGUGAAACCAACCAAUGCCAUCGUACAGUGGAAAGAAAUACCUCGAAACCAGAUGUGA